AUGAGCAUAGACGGGAAUCGGUUAGCGAUUCCGGAAACCGGUGGGCCUAAAGCGAAUGAAUAUGUUUUUCCAGAUCCGAAAGAGAAUAGUCCUCGAACUGGAUCGGAGAAGAUCGAUAACGGUGGAGAAGCGAAGUUGGUCGGAGAAGAUUUGUGUAGAGGGAGCUAUGAGGGUGUAGAGAAUGAAUCAUUCACAUGGAUAUUGUAUGGUUGUGGACUACAUUCCGUGGACUGUUUGUAG